CACGCGCACUUCUCACAACAUUAGAGCGUCGAAGGAGGGGCAAAUCAUCCAGAAUAUACCCCCUGUACUUAAGCAUACCAGCCGCAGGCUUUGGAGCAAUCCAGAAUUUUCACAAGUCUUGAUAGAUGCGAGUGUGUUUUUUGUGAAAUCUUUGCGCAGUCAUGCUUUUGCACAUCGAGGUCACUGGGAUGCUGCAGACGCUCCUUUAAUCUUCAUCCCGCACCUUCAGAUGCACAGCAUGUCCCUUAGUGCUGUGCUUUUAGUGCAUUAGGAAAGCACCAGCGUAUCAAAGGAUAUCUUUCUAAAUCUCUCUCUGAUUGUGCAUCCGGUGUUGUGUGCGCAAUCAUGCCUGCUCCUCCUCUUCAUCACCUCAUCAUAGGCUCCUCUCUUAUGCUCAUCACAAUAACUAACGGGCUUAAUGGCAGUACAACACCUCUGUCCAGCUCCUCUGCUUCAUUUCAAUCCAUCCCGGAUGUAUCUGUUGGUCUGGAGGAACAUGAUGGUAUGCUUCGGGAUGCUGAAAAUCCUGCCGUGUCUGGUUUGGUAGAAAGUUCCCAGGAGACUUCUGGGUUCUUCAGUGAAGACAGUGAGGAGAAUAAGGGUCCUUUGGCAUUGCGGAAGUUGGAUGCUCAAGCAGAGCUCAACUCCAGUUUGGAUGCAGAUUCUUUGAUAGGUUAUAAUCCAUCCUCCAAUCGUCCUUCGUCUCUCACACUUCGCAAGGCUCCCAAGAAGCUUAAUUUCUCCUCAUCUUUCUUCCUUCCUGAGGUUAAAUCUUCAGACCCAGAACAAUGGCAGAGGGAAUUUGAGGCCAGUGGUUUUCCAGCUCAUUCUUCCUCUCCAGUGUCUACCACAGCUGCAGGACCGCUUAUACACUCCUCUGUUACCGACACACACUCCUCUAUCACUGAAUUAAUGGCUGGGUUCUUUGGCCCAAUCAGCCCACUGUCUGAGUCCACAGCUGGUGCUGACAGCCCUAAGGAGGACUUUGAUGAUGGAAGUGAGAACAUCCUCACCCAGGCACCUACCAUUCCAGAAAUAGGGAUGUUCCCUAGCCAAGUGCCCUUACAUCCUGAUGAUUCCCACCAGAAUGACUCAGAGGAACAGGAUGAAUUUGAGGAGGUUGUGGCAUUCCCAACUGAGAUAGAUGGACAGGAGGUAGAUGUUUGGAAGCCACCUUCAUCAGCAGAUUUGGACACACCUAUUGUGGCCUUCACUGAGACAACCUGGCAGGAAGCAGAGGAGGAGGAGGAGGAAUCCGAGGAGUCUGAACUCCGUCAUGGAGGCACUGAUUAUUUGUCAGAGACAGACCUGCAUGGUUCCCAAGAAGCAGUUCAGGUAAUUUGUGUUGACUGGAGUGAUCUGGCAGGAAAAGGCUAUGUCAUCCUCAACAUGUCAGAGGAUUAUGAUUGCGAAAAGUUUCGUAUGGAGAAUGGUGACAGGCUGCUGGAGAUGUUGGAGAGCACAUUUUCCAGGAAGAUGAACAGUCCUCAGGGCUCGUGGCUCAUCUCGCUUAGCAAACCCACCAAACAGGAACACCAGCUUCUGAUGACGCUUGCCAAUGAUCAGGGUGUCAUUGCUACUAAAGAGGUGCUGUCAAUGCUGGGAGAAGUAAGGAGAGGAUUAUAUGAGAUCGGCAUUCAGAACUUCUCCAGCGUGAGCACGUGUCACUCCAGGCCAAGCCAGACGCGCAGCGAUUACGGCAAAUUGUUUGUCGUGCUGGUGAUCAUAGGCUCGGUGUGUGUGAUUAUCAUUGCAUCCGGGCUCAUCUACAUCUGCUGGCAGCGCCGCCUUCCCAAAAUGAAGAGCAUGUCACGUGGUGAGGAGCUGCAUUUUGUGGAGAACGGCUGCCAUGACAACCCCACGCUGGACGUGACAAGCGACGGCCAACCAGAGCCACAGGAGAAGAAGCACAGUACCAACGGUGUGCCAGCAGGCACCGGAACAUGGCAGGGCAUGCCAAACAAGUCGGGCAAAGACGAGGAAGACAAUCAGGAGGAGGAUACCCACCUCUAAUAAGGAGAAGAACAAAGGGAGAGUAAAAAAUGUGUUCAAAAUGUAAGGUAUUCCAUCAGGGCACAGAACACCAGAGCUUUUUCCCAACUACCUGCUGAAUAUUUAAAGUGAUUGUCUUUGGCUUGUACGGUCUUUUAUUUAUCUGCACCAGUGACAGCACGUUCAUAUUCAAUCAAUGUGGCGUGGGUUGAUUCUUUAAUAGUGCAAGCGCAGAGAGGUAUCCGUAAACAUUUUAGUUCUAAUUGAGGAGUAUUUCGUUCCGGCCGCGAAUACUUACUAAUUAUCUUUAGCUAUGAAGAAACAUAUUGAAAACCUGCCAAAUUUCGUCUUCAGUAAGUCUUGCACUGUCGGAACUCCGCAGGAUAGCAGUAUUUCUUAGGAUCUUAAAGCAUAAUAAUGUAUUUCAACUGGCUAUUACAGUACACGCAUAUCCUGUUUUCUUUUGUAUGGAUGCAUCUAGUGCACUCUUUGAAGCAGUACAUUAGCGCAAUGUGUUAUAACUUGGUGAAGUUGCAGCCAACUGGCCUUGCUCUUUAAUCGCUUGUCGGAAUGGCCUCUUUACAAACGAGAUGUUUUUCAUUGUUCUUUGUGUUCAGUGUCAUCGUUAAGGUUCACGCCAGUGAGAACCCUACACACAGAGCUCUCGCACAUGUAAAAUAACAUACAAACUUGCACUGCAUAGGGCUUAGAACAAGCAGUUAAUGCUCAUUCUGUUUUUUUUUUAAUGUCUAUCGUAAUGCCAAAAUGAAGGUAGAGCAAACAGAAUUGUUUAAAAAUAAGCAGUAUGAUUCCUGUGAUUUUCAAGGGAAACUCUACUAAUGAUUCAUCCUAAACCCAAUCCACUACAUCUCUAGUGUGUGUUUAAUUACCAGAAACAAGAAUUUGGACUUGUACUAUGAAAAGUAUACUAGAAACUCAUUUGAUUUAGAAGAGCAAAUCCACCAAGGGCUUGUUUUUUGGUGGGAGGAAACUGGAAUACAGAGUUACAGGUAGGAUUCAACAACUGUGCUUGAGUAAAGUACAAGGUGAAAAAGUGUUGAAUUUCUUUUCUGUGGUAAUUACUUCAGAUGCAGUGGGUAGUUAUUAGGUUGAAAACUCUGGCAUCUACCUUAAAGGAACGGUGGAGUUUAAACAAAAGCAAUUUCUUGAUGUCACACUUUAUUUAGAAGUCUAAGAGAAAAUAACUCCCUGUGGUUUACAGUACAGUCAUGUCAGUAGAUCUGGUAUUAACCUGGUAUGUUAGUCACACUUUAUUACCACAUAAACAAUGUAAAAUAGAGAUCGGUUACAAUGUCCUGAUGAUGGAAACAUUCAUUACAACAUGCACAUCCCUUUCCUUACUGCACUGUGUUGUAAAGUCAUAUUUACAUCUUAAAUAAAAUGAUUAAUACAGGGUUGUCUCAAUUUUAAACAGAAAAGACAGAUAAACCCUAAAGCCUUCACCCAAAUCUGUAUGUACUUGCUUUAAAAUACGUUAAGAACCAAAAAUAUCUCAUUGUAAAAUGAACAAAAUGUGAUAUAAAGGAUAUCAGUAGCAGCUGUAGUAACUAGUUCAGUGGUUAAGACUGAUUGAAAGGUUAUGAGUUCAAAUCCCACCACUACCAGGCGUCCACAGUUUGGCCCUUGAGCAAAUCCCUUAACCAGUUGUAUAAAUGAGAUACUAUAUAUGUUUACAACAAAUAAUUUUUUGUUCCAAGCAGAAUUAUGUGGUCAUCUGCAUAAGAGUUUGGGUUUAAAUUAGCUGGAGAAAUGAUACCAAAUUCAAGAAACAGGUUCCAGCUGUCCAAGAUGGCUGCCUGAAUAAUGGUAUAGUGUUGAGCUACAUGGUAAAAGUUUUUUUUACAGACUACUGUAAGCAGUGAUGGCUGGUUAUGGUAAUAGAUCUAAUCUAAUAUCUAUAAGUACCUUGAUAAUAAACCUACUAUGGCUGAGCAAUGCAUUCUAUCAAAAUGUCUGUCUGAUGGCAUAAUAAGAAUAAUGUGGGGUGAACUAUUACACACACGCUGACAGCUAGCUGCAGUGUUUUAAGUCCAGAAUGACCGACAGGGUCCAUGAAGUGAAGUAUAGUGAAGCAGUAAAAGAAAAGUUCAUUUAAAGCAAAAAAACACCAAAUUAAACAGAAGCGUUUCCGUCAUCUGUCCUUCCGUGUUUAUUUUCGUGUCAUCUGCUUUGUCUCCCUAGUUUCAGUUUCUCCUUAAAGACAUUUUUGAGGAAACAAAUAAGAGAUGGAUAAAUAAUCCACCGUUCAUCACCAUUAAACUCGUCAACAUGUUACGGAUGUUUCAGUGAAGAGGAAAAAUACCAUCUGAAAUGGAGUUCAGGGAAAGUGUUUCACUUUGUGUAUUCACCUGACACGGCUGUCGACUGUAAUCAACCCCAGCCUUCAUUCUCAAAGCCAAAAAUAAUCUGCUUUGAGACAUUUGUGUACAGCAAUUAAUCUGAUGUGAAUUCCAAAGUAUUAAACGUUCGAUGGUUGUAAGAGGCAGUAAGUCGUGCUACUACUGAAGGACUGGGUAUACUCAUUUGAGGCAGAUACAUUCAGACAAGACUUUGGGUGAUAGACUCCAAAUACAUAAUGUUCUACAUGAGAAAUUAGUAAGUAUUCUUAACUAAAGUCGAGUUUUUACAAAUCUGUGAGUAAUACUGUAAGAGUUACGGCAUUAAAGACUGCGUUCCUUUUUUUUUUUUUGGUGAAAUCAUUUAAUUUAUUUGUAAAUAUGACUAUACACGUUCAUGUUGUACUCAGUGUUUCCAUACGUACCUUAUCUUCAUUUACUCCAGUUGUGAUGUUACACUAUAAUAGUUAAUGUUUUAUUUGUACUAAGCCACCUACUCUAAUCUAUAUGACAGUUGAUAAACAGUUUGUAUGUAAUGUACUGAUUUCAUGUGCAUGAUGCAGUUAUAUUAAUAUAUCCGAAGCACAUAUCAGAAGUCGACAGAAUUAAACCGUUCCAAACCGUGGUUAUUGCAAAGCUAGAUGUCUUGGAUAGUUCAUUAUUAUCCGUUUUCUGUAUUCUAUUACCUGCACUGUCAAAAGAAAAAAAAAAAAAACAACAAAAAAAAAAGGACACAUCAACUCAAUCAAAUAGACCAGGCUGAACUUGAUAAUCAUAGAGUAAGCAUAGGUUUUUUUGUACUCUACAGUAACUGUACAGCUUUGUUUGCAACUGCACUGU